AUGUACAAUCUCAUUGAUGAUAAAUUUGCUGAGCUAGAAAGGCAUAUUAACAGAUUUGAUGAUAAAGCCGUCCAGGCAUAUCGCUGGUACCGCAUCAACGUAACCGGCCGUGGCACAUACACGGGGACCACGGCCUUUGAGCGCCGGGCUGACGCGCUCUACGCCUCAGCGAAGAUGAUGGUUCAGGCGAACCCCGAGUCACUGUAUCGUACAAUUCGGAGUGGGGCAGGGCAUGAUAGUGUUUUUACCUCGACAAAAGUACCGACGAGUAUGGUAUUUGUGCCGUGUAAGGAUGGGGUGAGUCUUCAUCCAGAGGAGUUUUCGUCGGCAGAGGAUUGUGUGACGGGGGCAACGGUUAUUUUGCAGGCCGUUGUGAGGUAUGAUCAAAUGAGGUUUAAGGAGUAG